GUGGUGUUUUGGGAAACGGCAGAGACCUUCCUGCUCACUCACCAAGACUUUUCUUCUCGCCCCUCGUGCAAGACGAAAGCAUUCUUGAACAACAGCCGUCAUGCCGGAAGCCACCAUCGUCUGUCUGGAUGACAGCGAGUAUAUGCGCAAUGGUGACUUCUCGCCCACCCGCUUGGCUGCCCAGAAGGAUGCCUGCAACAUGCUCUGUGGUAGCAAAAUCCGCGAACACCCGGAAAACUCAGUCGGCCUGAUGACCAUGGCACAGCGCCGUGUGUUGGUGACGCUGGCCUCGGAUCAGGGCCCACUGCUAGCAGCAGCUCACAACGUCCAGCCCAAGGGACAGAUUGACUUUAUGAGCGCGGUCCAAGUUGCCCAGCUGGUGUUGAAGCAUCGCCAGGCCAAGCAGCACCGACAGCGAAUCGUCGUUUUCAUUGGCAGUCCCAUUGAUGCCGAUGAGGCACAGAUGAUUAAGCUGGGCAAGAAACUGAAAAAGAGCAACAUCAGCAUUGAUGUCGUCAGCUUUGGCGAAGAGGAUGCCAACACAAAGAAGCUCGAGGCGUUUAUCGAUGCAGUUAACAAGGAAGACUCGAGUCACUUGCUAGUUGUGCCUGCGGGUGCUGGCAACCUCUCUGAUUCGUUGGCUUCGAGCGCCAUCAUUGGUGGUAGUGGGGCUGGGGCUGGUAUCGGUGGGGGCGGCAACGACUUUGCCGAGUACGGCGGCAUUGAUCCUUCGGCUGAUCCAGAACUUGCCAUGGCCCUCCGCAUCUCGCUGGAGGAGGAGCGUCAGCGUCAGCAACAGCAGCAACAGCAGCCCGGCAGUGAGGACCAAGCGAUGGAUACUGGUGCUGAUGCGCCCACCCCUGCGGCACCGUCCGCUGUCUCCUCUUCGCAAGCACCUGCGGGUAUGGAAGAUGAUCCAGAGCUGGCCGCAGCUUUGGCCAUGUCCAUGCAAGAUCAAUCCGGCACAUCAUCGUCACAGCCGGCAGCUGCACCUCCAGCUGAACCGGACUUUGCCAGUAUGACAGAGGAAGAGCAGUUGGAGUAUGCGCUCCGCAUGUCCAUGCCUGCUGAAUCGGCACCAGCAGCCAUGGAUUCCUCGGCUGAUGCUGGUGGUGAGCCUGCGGCACCAGCUACGGAAGAGAGUGCGGCCACGCCUGCUGAUCAAGCCCAGGUGGCGCAAGAUCCAGAGUUUUAUGCCAAUCUGGUGAGUGGCCUCCCGGGUGUCGACAUCAACGACCCCGCUAUUCAAGAGGCGCUACGCAGUCUGCAAUCAGCUAGCGGAGGCAACGGAGAGGAAAAGAAGGAUGACAAGAAGGACACCAGCAAAUAAUUGGCGCUAUGCUUGGGCAAUUGCCUCUGCUCUUUUGGCCGUGUUUAGCCGACUGUCGCUCCCCACAGUGUUGCUCCCCUCCCUCCCAGCUGUCAAAGCAUGUUCAACAAGAUGAGGAGGGAUUUUGGUGUUGUUUUCUUGGGCGCCUUAACCUUGAUAGCUCAAUGUGCUUUCGUUAUUGUGAGAUUCGUUUUGGCGGAAGCCGGUGGUAUUCCAUCGGUGCCUCCAGAGAAACAGGGCCAAGCCCUAAUUCAGCCGCCAUUGACAUGUGAGCAAAAAAAAAAG